AUGGGCGGCGUUGCGUCUGUCCCUGAUAACUCGUCCCGGACCCUGCGGGUCGUCGGCGCGGGCUACUCCCGUACCGGCACUCUCUCCAUGGCCUUGGCCCUAGAGCAGCUACUUCAAGGGCCAGUCAUGCACGGCGGCUCCCAGCUCUUCGGGAGAGAAGACUCAUACGUAAAGCUCUGGACCGAGGCCUUCGCCGCUCGGCACGACAAGCCUCGCCUGCUCAAGAUCCUCCGCGAAGCCACCUCGGGCUUCGUCGCCAUCUCCGACGCCCCGGGAAAUUGCUUCGUUGAGGAGCUCCUCGAAUUGUACCCGGACGCCCAGGUUAUCUGUGUCUCCCGCGACCGGGAACGUUGGUGGAAGAGCUGGCAGUCCGUCACCCAGACGGCUGGGGCCGGCUUCCUCAAUUGGUUUCUCGCACCUGUGCCAGGCAAACGAUGGUAUCCGAAGCUUGUUGCCCAGUUUUUAGAUAUGCAAGAAGAGCAGUUCGGCCCUAUGACUGACAAACGCAUGGAAGAGCACAAUGAAUACGUCAAGCGAGUGACUCCGCCCGACAGGUUCCACAUGAUGGAGCUCAGCGAAGGCUGGAGUCCCUUGUGCCAAAUGCUGGGGAAGCCUGUUCCCGAUGAGCCGUUCCCUCGCGCCAACGACGCCGAGGCUGUUGAGGGGUUGGCCGGUCAGAUCCUCAAAGAGGCCGGCUUGAGCUCGUUUCUCCUCUGUAGCGCGAAAGAUAAGAAAGCGCCGUGCACCCACCUCACUAUCGUUCCCAUCUUUCCCGCGAAGAAGCAUCACAGUGACUGCAUGGGAAUCCUCGUCUUUUCCUGUGGCUGUCUUUCGUCAGUCCCGCCGGUGUCGAUCCCAAUCGACCUGAUCCUCAUUUCCGUGACGACGAUCAACGAGCACAAUAAUAGCGAAGUCCUCGCGACAGCACAGCCAUUCUAUCAAACUUACGUCGAGGCGAAGGUCGAGGCAAAAGCACACUUCUCGUCAGAGGCGUUCAGCGAGGGGAUGGGCCACGAGCUUCUGUUCGGUGGAGAGCUCGGGACGACGAAGUAUCGGACGAGGCCGCAGUAA